AUGACGGAUCCGGCUGUUCCAGAUAGUAGGGCGUGUGCCUGGUCAUGGCGUGUCCUUACUGGAAUCCCCAUGAGCCAUCACAGCCGCUGCCCCGUGGGCCAGAGCUCCUGCUCACCUGCGUGGGGUCUGGCCAUGCCACUCCUCCAUGCAUCACUGCGUGGAGAGGACUUGCCUCCUCUCACUCCUCUCGUCUCUAGCCUAGGAGGAAGCUGUUUUUCUGAAAACAAGUAUAUCCUGGGGCUUCCAGAGAACAGAGGCCGUGGGGCAAACCCAGAGACCGUGGCCCCUGCCUGCUCAGCUCCGCCCUCUCGUCCGGGGUCGGGGCCUGGCCACCAGCAGAGGACGCAGCCCGUGGUGCGUGUCACGGCCGUGGUCCCGUCUUGCUGGAGGCUGGAUGCCCACACCUCCCGGGAGCGGACACGAGCAGAUCUCUGGGCAGUCCCGGAGGCCCCUCCUGACUGUUCCCUGCCGUGA